AGCUCCCAGCACAGUCAGCUGAAAUCCAGAGCUCGGCUCAGAAGCUCACAGAGAGCAGACAGAAUGCAGCAGCUUUGACUGGGAAACACCGUCAGACUCAGCAAAGGCAUGGAAUUUGGACACGAAACUCAAACUCUGAAUGGCAAAAAAAGGGAUCUUAAGCCAUAUGCUGCAGGAAUCCUUUAAAGUUUCCUUGUAAUCUUGCUUUGUCAAAAAGGCUCUUAAGUUUCCAUUUCAAGUGACGCGACACAGGGACAAUCCAUCUCUCAGGGCAGCCCAUUUGAAGUGGAUCAUGCCCCCUAGAUAGCAGCUUCAUCCUCCUCUCCACUCCCCCUCCCUACCCCUGGCCCCUUCCUUUACCUUCCUGGUCCAGCACCAUCACUGCCACCUGUGUCACCACAGCCGCCAUGCCCCCCAGGAAGAGGACGCGGCCGGGCCUGGGUUUUCUGUGCUGCUUUGGCAGCAGUGAACCCCCGGAGAUCAACCUCAAGGACAGCGUGCCCCUGCAGCUGCUGGAGUUCAGCGCCCCCAUGCCGCCCGCUGAGGAGCUGCAUGCACGUUUCUCCGAACUAGUGGAUGAACUGGACCUGACGGAUAAGAACAGGGAGGCCAUGUUCGCUCUGCCCGACGAGAAGAAAUGGCAGAUCUACUGCAGCAAGAAGAAGGAGCAAGAGGACCCCAACAAGCUGGCCACCAGCUGGCCCGACUACUACAUUGACCGUAUCAACUCCAUGGCUGCUAUGCAGACCCUGUUUGCCUUUGAUGAGGAGGAAAUGGAAAUGAGGAACAAGGUGGUGGAAGAUCUGAAGACAGCGCUUCGGACUCAGCCAAUGAGGUUCGUCACACGCUUCAUCGAGCUCGACGGCCUCACCUGCCUCCUCAACUUCCUGCGCAGCAUGGACUACGAGACGUCAGAGAGCCGCGUCCACACCUCCGUCAUUGGCUGCAUCAAGGCCCUGAUGAACAACUCCCAGGGCCGCGCACACGUCCUGGCCCACCCGCAGAGCAUCAACACCAUUUCACAGAGCCUGCGGACGGAGAACAUCAAGACUAAAGUGGCGGUGCUGGAAAUUCUCGGGGCGGUGUGCCUGGUGCCGGACGGACACAAGAAGGUGCUGCAGGCCAUGGCACACUACCAGAAGUACGCUGCUGAGCGGACUCGCUUUCAGACGCUGCUGAAUGAGCUGGACAAGAGUACAGGCCGCUACAGAGACGAGGUCAACUUAAAGACCGCCAUCAUGUCCUUCAUCAACGCUGUGCUCAACGCUGGAGCUGGGGAGGACAACCUUGAGUUCCGGCUUCACCUAAGGUACGAGUUCCUGAUGUUAGGCAUCCAGCCGGUCAUCGACAAGCUCAGAGAGCACGAGAACGCCACUCUGGAUAGGCAUUUGGACUUCUUUGAGAUGGUGCGGAAUGAGGAUGACUCUGAGUUGGCCAAAAGAUUUGAUAUGACGCAUGUAGAUACUAAGAGUGCCGGUGCCAUGUUUGAGCUAAUUAAGAAGAAGCUGAGCCACACAGACGCCUACCCAAACCUCCUCUCCAUCCUCCAACACUGCCUGCAGAUGCCCUACAAGCGUGGCGGUGGCAGCCUGCAGCACUGGCAGCUCUUAGACAGGAUCCUUCAACAGUUAGUCCUACAGGACGACAAGGGAGAGGACCCCGACGCGGCCCCUCUGGACAACUUCAGUGUUAAGAACAUUAUUCGCAUGUUGGUCAAUGAGAAUGAGGUGAAACAAUGGCGAGACCAGGCAGAGAAGUUCAGGAAAGAUCAUGUAGAGCUGCUAGCUAAACUAGAGAAGAAGGAGCGGGAGUGUGAUACCAAGACCCAGGAGAAGGAGGAUAUGAUGAAGACUUUGAACAAGAUGAAGGACAAACUCCAGCGCGAGGGAGUGGAGCUGCGCUCAGCCAGGGAGCAAGUCCAGGACCUGUCCUCACGAAUCAGUGACAUAGCUGGCGGCACUGUGUCUUUCCCGCCUCCUCCUCCCCCUCCUGGCGCACCCAUGGCUCCGCCUCCGCCACCUAUGACGGCUGGCUUUCCUCCACCACCUCCUCCACUACCAUUCAGCUGCCCGCCUCCUCCACCGCCUCCCCCUCCACCUGGAGGGCCACCUCCUCCACCAGGAGCCCCUCCCAUUUUUGGAGUCCCGCCUCCUCCCAUUCCCUCUUCAUUUAACUCAGCGACCACCAUGAGCUCCAAGUCCAUCCCUCAGCCUUCUCAUCCGUUGAAGUCCUUCAACUGGGCUAAACUAGGAGAGAACAUGAUCAAUGGCACCAUCUGGAACGACAUCGAUGACCUGAGAGCUUUCAAGAUUCUUGACCUCAAGGACAUAGAGAAGAUGUUUUCAGCCUAUCAGAGACAACAGGACCUGCUCACUAACCAAUCCUUCAAACAGAAAGAGACGGGCUCUAUGGAUGACAUAUACGUCAGCACACGGAAAGUCAAAGAGCUGUCGGUCAUUGACGGUAGACGUGCACAGAAUUGUGUCAUCCUGCUUUCAAAGUUAAAAAUGAGUAAUGAAGAGAUCAAGAGAGCGAUCCUAGAGAUGGAUGAGAGGGAAGAGCUAGCCAAAGAUAUGCUGGAGCAGUUGCUGAAGUUUGUCCCAGAGAAAAGUGACAUCGAUCUCUUGGAGGAGCACAAACAUGAGCUGGAGCGGAUGGCCCGGGCUGAUCGCUUCCUCUUUGAAAUGAGCAGAAUUGACCACUACCAGCAGAGACUGCAAGCUCUGUUCUUUAAGAAGAAGUUUGCAGAGCGUCUAGCUGAAAUCAAGCCUAAGGUUGAAGCCAUCCUGACUGCGUCCAAGGAGGUGGUCCGGAGCAAGAGGAUGACUCAGAUCCUGGAGGUGGUGCUGGCCUUUGGCAACUUCAUGAACAAGGGCCAGAGAGGAAACGCUUACGGCUUCAAGGUCUCCAGUCUCAACAAGAUCGCUGACACCAAGUCCAGCAUAGACAGGAAUAUCACCAUGUUGCACUACCUGAUCAUGAUCUUUGAGAAAAACUACCCUGACACCUUGAGCAUCCAGCAGGACCUCAGCAGUGUACCAGAGGCUGCCAAAGUCAAUUUGUCGGAGUUGGAAAAAGAGGUGCACAGUAUCAAAAGUGGACUGAAGGCUCUAGAGGCGGAGCUGCACUACCAGCAGAGCAGGACGAGGGAACGUGGGGAUAAAUUUGUGGCUGUGAUCGGUGACUUCAUCACCGUGGCUGGCUUCAGCUUCUCUGAACUUGAGGACCAGCUGAGUGAAGCCAAGGACAAGUUUACCAAAUCUCUGAAGCACUUUGGGGAGGAAGAAGGGAGGAUGCAACCCGAUGAGUUCUUCGGGAUAUUCGACACCUUCUUGCAGUCGUUCAGCGAAGCACGGCAAGACCUGGAGAACAUGCAGCGACGUAAAGACGAGGAGGAGAGGAGGGCACGAAUGGAGGCCAUGCUCAAGGAGCAGAGGGAGCGGGAAAGGCGGGCCAAGAAGAGCGGGGCCUCAGACGAGGUCGGUGGGGAGUUUGACGACCUGGUGUCGGCGUUGCGUUCCGGUGAGGUCUUUGACAAGGACCUGAACAAAUUCAAGCGUAACCGCAAGCGCUCCGUCAACCAGCUGGUGGAGGGUGGGGGCCGUGAACGAGCUGUCACCAAGGUCAACUACUAGGUUGGGAAAAGGAAGGAAAAAAAUAGAGACUAGAUGCCUAAAUUCUGCCGUGGUGUAGAUCUCUGAACACCUUUAGUCCAGGUCCUCGAACGGUGACCAAUGACAUUGGAGAGGAUGUAAAUAACGGCUGAAAUGGACAUGUAGCGACAUGGACAGCCACGCCGUUUUGAAGGAUGCAACACUCUCCUCUGAUUGGUCUUGUAAAGCUAUUUCCAACCCGUUUGUCCUGGACGAUCUCCUGAGCUGGACGAAGAGCAGUUGGGAUGGAUGGAUGGACGGACAGACCACUGUGACGCAUUAUCCCAUAUCUUUUGACCAUAUCCCUUUUAACACUGUGCUCAAGCUUCCAGCUCUCUAUCACCCCGUGUUUUUCACUGCUCUUUUUCUCCUCACAACCCCUCCGCUGAUCCCCACUAAGUUCCUUGGUGCUGGAGCAGCACUAUCUUUUUGCUAUCUGGCUCUAAAACACACAGGACAUUGGGAUCAGCCAGUCACACUGUACAUAGACACCAGGCCAAUGGAAAAGAUUGGAAAAAGAAGGUGUGCAGGGGGAACUAAGCCAUAAUCUCUACAGUCAUGGUUGCUUCAAGUUUUUCCGCGGGAAAGAAACAUUUGUCAGCCACAGAACAGGUCGAUGUUCAUGAACUUGCCCUGCUGCAAAGAAGAGCGUGCAGUCAGCAAAUCCCAGAAUGCUUUAUAGGCUUCUGAAAGAGAGAGGACGGAUACGCAACGGAAGAUUCAUCCCAAUGUCCUCCUCCAGCACCCAGCAUUCCCUGGGAGUAGAUCCCGUGCUGCGCUUUCAGACACAACUCUUCUCAAGGAAACAAACAGCUUCUCAGCUUGAUCCACCUGACAAAAUGUCGACUGUGCCACAAGGGUCAAGCCUCACCUACACUCUUUCAGCAUUGUUCUGGCAUUAAUCAGUGCCAAAGCAAAGAGAAAACAAUGUAAAUGUAUUAAUACAAAACAAUACUGCAAUUAGGCGUUGAUAUAUAUUUAUAUUUAGAUGCAGACAAGCUAAUUGCAAAGAUGUAGAGGUUUUUUUAUGUUUUCAUGGCAUUUGGGGGUUUUGUACACGCAAUGCAUUAUUUGUUGGUGUUGCAAGUUCACAUUGCUGUUGAAGUGAAUUUCUAUACAUUUUGCGCUAUGUAAAUAAGACUGCUCGUCCUUUUCUCACACUUGUAUGUCUCGUUUGCACUGUAGCUUUUCUGACAAACUUUAGACUCAUAGGUUUCCACUAGCCGAUCUACAGUGUCCUCUCUGUACUUUAAUGACCUUUAUCUGUAACAAAGAUAAUGAAGGAAUGCCAUAUAUGAAUUUAAACCUAAAGGCACAAUCUGUGGUUAGUUUACAGUCAUCUUCCUGCUCAACUGCCAGUGUUCAUGGUUCACAUCUGAAUGUCAUGUCCACUCCAUCUGCUGCAACUAAAAUGCUGAGCACAGGGACUCGCAGAAGUGGCCAAAAGGAUGCUGUACAGCAGUUCUGAUAGGGCCUUUAAUUACUCUCAUCCAUAGUGUCUGUAGGAUCUGUUCCACUGGUGCUAAAACAAUGCGGUCUCUGGACAGAGCAGUCAGUACAGUUAAGAUUCUCAAGUUAAACUAGGGCUUAUUACUCUGUUACCAAGAUUCAGGCAUUUCUGUGAGUUUUUAUUUCAGUUGAUGUUGUAAUCUCAGACCACACCAUGUGCUGAGUCUGUUAUUGUAAAGUCAGGGUACAACAAAGCACUUAAAGGGUUCACAACUUCUUCUAGUGGCUUGAUCAGCUUGAUCAGUUAGUUAGCUAGGGUUCUUUAAUGGUGUACAUGGACUCUAACAGGAAGACAAAAUCCUCAGAGAGACUCACAGAAAACAGUUUCCUUCCAUCUUCUCUCACGCGUUUGUUUACAUAAGGCUAGACCCCGUUACUAUGGGCAACCUGUUGCCAAACAAGAGUCAGACUCACACACUGAUGCCAACCUAGGUCUCCUUUUUGAAAUUUUCAGUGUAUGUUUUUUAAAUGUGUAUAUAUAUGCAUUUCUAAAACCUUAGCAGGCAUGACAAAAGCUGCAACGUAUGGGCUCGCCUCGGUACAACAUCUUCUUGAAGAUGGACAUACAGUAGUUUGCUAUAGGAAGUGUACCCAGGGAGAGGGGCUUUAAUGCUGGACUGAGGGCUCAGCUGUGGAAUGAGCCGCUCCCGGUCACAUUUGAACAUCCGUCUUCAUGUAAACAGGUAGAGGGAAACACACAUGAAGUUCAUAUGAAAGAUCCUGGUAUCUGUGAGGUGUCAGACGUACUGUGGGAAGAUUGGACUUCAGAGCAAAUUGAAAAAUUGGCACAUCCUGUGCUUAAUCUCCUCUGUUAGCCCAUUCAUGCUUCCUGUUUUCUAAUAAUCCAGAAUUACAAGAGGGACAGCAUCUGAGGCUUUUUCUCCACAGCUUGGAAUAUAUGCUGUGUAGAUUGGUUGGUUGAGUAUGACAGAUUUGCCAAAGGAUUAGCACAACAGCCCCUGGUUCAGAUUGUAAGGGAUAAGAGUGAAGUGGUUGUUCUCAUAGUAACACCAAGGACUCAUUGCAGUUCAUUUCUUCUUUCUUCACAUUAAAUUACAGGAAUUUUCUCACUGCACUUGACUCUGUAAGCACUUGGUGUAUUUACAACAGUCUUACAAGAGAAGAAAAUACAUUUUCAAUGUUGAUUCAGUUUUUAUUUAAUUUACUGUGUUCCUGAACACACUGAUAGACCUAACACUCACUGCUGUAUGUCAGGAAGAUCUCCGCAGUAGCAAUGGCUCUCCCCGUUAGUCUUUGUUCAUCCAUUCUGCAGCUUUUCCGUUCUUAAACAUAUUGAAGUGCCUCUGAUCUUGUUUUCACACAUGGACCAUUCCUGUUAUUAUGUUUCAGAGCUUGUGGCUUUCCAGUGUUUGCUGGUGAAAUGCAGCUGACAGUUGGAAUUAGAUCAAUUGGCGCCAUCUUUUGGCUUGAGAGUGCAUUUUGUGUUACACCUGACGUCACAAGCUGGUAAAAUCAGUUCUCCAAAGUGUUGAUGUGACAUUUGCUAUAUAGGCACAGAGGUCAAGUCCAACAGGUGUACGUCAUUGUGGAUGUCAUGUUGUCAGAGAAGUUUGACCCAUGACCUGUACAGAGAAAAUCCUGCUCCCUUUUUUCCGAAACCUUUCCUUUUCCCUCCAACUGAAGCAGAGAGAAGCUGAUGUGUGGUUGAAAAGAUGAUGUGAGUGCAGAGAGGACCGUUACGUUCCCAUGUCCCACACACACAAGAGAUUAACUGGUAAACCAAAUAGAUUCAAACUUUCAGACACUUUUGAAAGAUCAGAGAAGUCCCAUAAAUCCUGAGGGGGAAAUGACAUAUGAUUGCCUAUUCUUUAACCAGCAUCUCAUGUAUAUUUGAGCUAUUCUAUUUCCUAACCUCUGCUCCUUUCCAGUUAAUCAGAGUUAGUAUAUCAGACUUUGGCAGACCCUUUAAACUCUUAAUCCAGAGCUUUAACCCGUAUUGUAGUGCAGACUAUUUACUGAGGGGUAUUGCAACAUUGUCAGUAUUAUUACAUGUUUAUGUUGUUACAUGUUUGGAUGUUUAUUUGGCCAUUGACUGGCUGAUUUUGGAGUGUACAGAUGGAAAUCAGAGGAAUGAAAUUAGUAGCUUGUUCAAUGCACUUUUAUUAUGGGACAUUUCCAUUAGCAGCACCAUUUUGAGGGCUUCUAUCCCUCCAGACAUGAGAAUGGUGCAACAAAAGAGUGGUCUCAAAAAUGAAAAAAAAAAAAAAAAUGAACAAAGAAAACAUGGUGUGAAGAAGAAAGAGAGAAAAAGGCCAAGUGUGGUUGGGGACUCUGGCUGGGCCGCUGGAAACACAAUAUCAGUCAGUGUGUUGGAUGGCAGGGAUUUGUGGGGACACUCGUACGGAACAGGAGUGUACUGAGUCUUAAAUCCUCACCUGUCUGUGUCACCUUGGUGUGUAAAGGUUCUGACACCACCACAUUUCUGUCAAAUCACGCACUUGGUGUCGACCCGCAUGCCUAAGGAAGGGUGCACAAAGUGUGACGUGUUGACUUUAACCUUUAAUAGAAAAUUGCUUGCAAUAUAGAACACACCUGUUACACAACAGUUUGUACUGCCUGAGAAAAGUUGCAGUUUUAGAGCUUGUAUAAUUGAGAGGGGUCAGUAUUUUUAUGGUUGGAAAAAAAAGUAUCCUCCACCGAAAGAUGUACAGUUGGAAAAAAAGAAGCAUUUUGUACACCAUUCUUGAUGUUUGAGAGAAGUUAAAAAAGAUCAAAACAUUGAGGAAUGUUCCAUUUUCCUGUAAAUUGUACCUCUAUUUAUUUGCCUUAUUUAGUUUGCUAUAUUUUGUAUGUACACACAGCAUUACAACAAAAUGUUAUAUUAAAAAUAUGAAUAUGAAUAAUUAAACUGUGGUCCGUGUAUGAUGGAUAGUUUGAGACUUGUAUAAGAAUGAAAAUCCUUUUUUUCCCAUUUCUAUAAUUUUAUUUUUGUUUUGUAUUUUUUUCUCACCCUGUGUCUUUUGUAGGGUUACAAUAAACUUUUGUCCCUUCCAGCUGA